ACCAGCAUUUUCUCCAAACCUGCACCAGUGGUUUUCUCGAAACUCUUUUGCGCCAAGCUUUGCAAAGCAUGAAGAAUCCAAGCAAAUCGAUCUUUAUAUCAAGCAUUUUGAUCUUUGUAGUUCUUUUCUCACAUCUAACGUCAACCGCAUCUCAGGAAGUCGAGGAUGAGAGAGAGUUUGAUUAUUUGGAUGGUAGCGAGAUGGGGCCACGUCAUUGGGGAGACAUCCGGAAAGAAUGGGCUGCAUGUAAGAAUGGAGAUAUGCAGUCUCCCAUAGAUUUGUCAAGUCGGAGAGUGAAAUUGACUUCCAAGUUGGGGGAACUAAAAAGGAGCUACAAACCUUCUAAUGCCAUCAUCAAGAAUAGAGGGCAUGAUAUUUCGGUGCAAUGGGUAGGUGAUGCCGGCUCCAUACAGAUCAACGGCACUGAUUACUCUCUCCAACAAGGACAUUGGCACUCACCUUCCGAGCAUUCCAUCAAUGGCAGGAGGUAUGACUUGGAGCUGCAUAUGGUUCACUUAAGCCAGGACAUCAACAUGAAAAAUAAGAUUGCUGUUGUUGGACUUUUCUAUAAGAUUGGUCGACCAGAUGCUUUCCUCUCAAAGUUGAUGCGAAGCAUAACAUCCAUGGCCGAUGAGAAGGCAGAAAGAAAUAUUGGGGUGAUUGAUCCUAUAGAAAUAAAAAUGGGUGGAAAGAGGUACUACAGAUACAUGGGCUCUCUCACUGUUCCUCCAUGCACUGAAGGUGUUACUUGGAUAAUCAAUAAGAGGGUAAGGACUGUCUCAAGGAAGCAAGUAAAGUUACUCAGAGAGGUGGUCCAUGAUUAUGCUGAGAUGAAUGCAAGACCAGUUCAACCACUCAACCGUCGUGAGGUCCACUUAUAUUGUCAAACGUUAAGAAGAACAAAAAACUAAGUACUACAAGAUAACAGAGUAUUCGGAAGAUGAUUUACAAUGUUGAAGCUAGUUAAGUGUAGUACAAUGCAUCUAUAUGCAUUUUAUAAAUAAAAAUACCAUCAGCUUUA